CACGCUUAUUUGUUGAGGAAGGAAGGUAUUCAACACAGCAGCAUCAAUGUCUACUCACGGGUGUACCGGUAAACGGCCUGUAUCGACCAAGAAUCCCCAGCAAUGAUGCAACAGAGUCAUGUAGCAUCCUAAAUCUUGACCAGAUCGGUAGAGUCAUUCUAGUAGACUGCCAAGUGAUGGUUGAUAUGCUUCAAGGUCAAGUUGAACCCCCAAGGAAGGUUGGUUGAACCCCUGAAGGUCGAUCGGCACCACGAUGACUGCCCUUAACGUCAGACCGAUUUGUAAGCCACCAACAGCGGGGCUCCAAGACACACACUUUGAGCUUCACACCACCAAGUCAACGACCCCUGACUGGUACAUCUUCCCUCUACACAGCAUUUCAUCGGAUAAUUCUAUACAGUACGUUACUACAUUAUCGCAUACUACAAGACGUUUAGUGAAGAGGACCGGUGUAACCACCUCUACGUCAUACACCACGCGCACACCAUGGCCAAAAUCGGUGUCUUUCCUGCAGCAGGAGGACUGGGGACUAGCAUCAUCAAUCACCUCUUCAAGCUGGUGCCCGCAUCGGAACUGAUCCUGAUCGCCCGCAAGCCAGAUAAUCUCGCAGAACUCACGCGGGCCGGAGCUACCGUCCGACGGGCCGACUAUGAAGACCCCGCCACGCUAGAGCGCGCCUUCGAUGGCAUCGACGCCCUGAUGUUGAUCUCGUAUGCCUCGUUCGAGAUCCAGUUCCGCUUCGAGGCGCAUAAGAACGCCAUUGAUGCUGCCCGCCGCAGCGGCGUCAAGCACAUCUUCUAUUCGUCUCUCGCCUUUGCAGGCGAUCUAGAGGAGACUAGCGUUGCGCACGUGAUGGGCGCCCAUCUGCGGACCGAAAAGUAUUUGGCCGAACUUUCCGGGCACAUCACCUACACCGCUAUCCGGGAGGGUCUGUACUCGGAGUCCUAUCCGAUCUACACCAGCUGGUUCGAUAUCCACCACCCCGCAGACGAGAUCGCGAUCCCUCACUCCGGCGACGGACCGGGCGUUGCGUGGGUGAAACGUGACGAGCUGGGCGAGGCCACGGCGAAGCUGAUUGCAGACUAUGCCAAGAAUCCGGCGGGGUUCCCCUACCUGAACCGCGUGCUUUUGCUUUCCGGCCCCAGGGAGGUCUCGCUGAAGGAGACUGUUGAGAUUCUGGGCCAGGCCGUUGGCAAGCCCCUCCGCUUGCGGGAGAUCUCUGUCGACGAGUAUGUGGCUUUACCGCAGCACGGAUCAAAACACACCUAUCAUGGUAUCGACUUGACCAGGGAAUGGGCAACCGCGUGGGAUGCGAUCCGUCGUGGGGAGACGGCCGUGGUGUCGCCGCUCCUGAGGGAGAUCUUGGGACGAGAACCUGAGAGUUUUGAGACGACAGUAAAUGCGUUGGCUAGGAGCAAGUAGAUAGCUUACCACAAUUCCUUUGAUC